AUGGAUUUUGAUUUAAAUAAUAAUGAUCAGUUUAAUACAAAAUCAACUGAUCUUAGUCUAAUGGCACAUGGUAUUCGAAAUAUCGAUGAAAUUCCUUUACAUAAAAAUUUACUUUCAAUUAAUUUACAUUCAAAUGAACUUGAACGAAUAAAUGGUUUAACUGGAUUAAAUUAUUUAACUCAUCUUGAUUUAUCAUCAAAUAAUAUAACACGUAUACAAGGUCUUGAAGGUCUUGUUUCAUUAGAUACAUUAAAUUUAGCAUCGAAUAAAAUUGUUAUUGUUGAAGGUUUAUUCGCAUUAAAAAAAUUAUCAUGGCUUAAUUUAUCAUAUAAUAAAAUUGAAUAUUUACAAGGUUUUCAAGAUCUUUGGGGACCUGAAUAUAAUUUAUCUAUUAUACAAAUGCAUGGAAAUAACAUUGAUUCAUUGGAUGAUAUUAUUAAAAAUAUGAACGGUCUUUCUCAUUUACAACAUCUUACUUUUAGAGAAAAUCCAAUAGCAAAAAAAGAUGCUUAUCGAGUUACAUUAUUUAACCGUCUUCGAACAUUAAUUAGUCUUGAUGGAAUGGAUAAACAUGGAAAAAAAGAUAUGAAUAGUCAAGGUCUUACAGGAAUUGAACAGUAUGUUGGUUUAACAAAUGAAACAAGAGAACAAUUACAUGAUGUAACAAAUUCAAUAUCACAACAAUAUCCAAAAAUAGCAGCAGCACUUAAUGCUCUUCGACAUAAUCCAAAACCUAUGGAAUCAAGUACAACAACAAGUGCUGAUAUUCAUAAUGGAUCUCUUUCGGCAGUGGAAAGUGAUUGUAUUUCUCGUAGUAGAAAAACUGAUUUUAAGCAUACAACUCGUCGUCCUCUAACUCGUGAUAAACGUUCAGCUCGAUCCCCAUCCACUGAUAAUGAAUCGGAUUCAAUGCCAACAAAAACUUCUCGAUUAAAACCACGAUCAACAAUCACCAAUACUGUUAUACAAUCUACACCUCGACAACAACCAACAACAAUUAAAAAAACUUGUACUAAAAAUCCCAUAUCAUUAAAUAAUUCUUCUCCACCAGCAAUAAUUGAAACAAAAUCUCAUAGUAUGAUUGAUGAAAAUACUCGUCCAUUUACAAUAAAUCAUCAUAAACAUUUAUAUAAUACAACACGUGAACGUGAUUGUGAUGAAUAUAAUUAUCGAUCAAGUCGAGAUAAUGAUAAUGAUGAUAUUAAUGAAAUUUAUUCAUCAACAUUACGUGAAUUAGAUAAUGAACGUGAUAAACGUUGGCGUGCUGAACAAGAAAUAAAACAUUUAAAUGAUAUUAUUAAUGAAUUUAAAAACCGAGCAAAUGAUGGUCGAACAAAUGAAACUAUUUUACAAGAAUUAUCAGAAAAACAUAAACAAAGAUUAGCGGAUGAAAAAUCGAAAUUUCAAGAUUUAACUGCAAUUCUCGAUGAUUAUAAAGCACGUCUUCGAAGCACAGAAGAUCAAUUAUCUUCAUAUAAAAAAGCUCAUGAAACAAAUUUACAAUUAAUUAAAACUCUUGAAAGUAGUUUAAGUAAAUUAGAAAGUGAAAAAAAUGAACUUCGUAUAACUGAAAAUGAAAAAAUUCGAAAUUGGGAACGUCGUAGCAAUACAUUACAAAAUGAAAAUGAAACAUUACAACAAGAAUUAAAAACAGUUAAGCAACAAUUACGUGAAUGUCAAGAACUUUAUACAACAAGAGAAAUUCAACAUAAACAAGAACUUGAAAAAUGUCGAAUUGAUGUACAAGCAACUGAAGUACAACAAUAUCUUAAACAAGAAAUUCAACGAAAAGAAGAUAUUCAUCGAACGGAAUUAACACAUCAACAAGAAAAAUUACAAUCAUUAGCAAUUGAAUACAAAAAACUUGAAGAUGAAUUUCGUGAUGCAUUAAAAAUCGAAGAACGUCGAUAUCAAGAAUUAUUAAAAACUAAUGAAAUACUUCAAAAAGAAAAUGAACUUCUUCAAUCAUCUUCAACAAAUAUUAAACAACGUGAAGAAUCUGAUCGAAAAAUGGUUAAUGAUUUAAUGGUGGUAAGUUAUUAUUAA